AUGAAGCAAGGAUAUAGACUCACAGAGACCUUCUGGGAGGAGGAAGAGCCAUCAGAGGGCUCGAAGCAGGGUAGAGAAGAUAAGCCUAACGAAGCGCUACAAGCACAAUGGCCUGCAAUAGCGUUGCCAGCGCUGUACAGCUGCAGUUGCUGUGAGAAAAAUGUCAAUUCUCUUCUCACACCACCUGCAACUGUGAGCUCGAGUCAAUCUUGGCUUGUCGUUGUCGCGAUGAAUGAGAUAGUGCAAGCUUGUGGGCAGCGGUACGGCUUUGGCAAAGUUUUAGUGGCUGUGCACUUUAUUCGAAUCAAACAAGCCUGUGGAAGUCAGGUUCUCUUGCUCUGCCCUGUCGAAGCCGAGAUGCCUCCUCCAGAAGAUACAAACCUCACUCCUGCGUUAGGAAAUCCCAGUCGGAUUGGUGCCUCUCCGUCUUCCACAACACCCGCAACGAAUGAAUUAACCUCACCCAACACACCGUGUCUCCCUUCCUCGAAACCAAAAUUGUGCUCAGCGCGUUCAACACUGGAAGUCUGGAAGCCGAUCGAAGCUAGCUAUUGCCAAGAUCACACUCGAUUGUCUCAUCUUGUGGAAGCAUGCGUUGAAAUGAUGCCCGAACUUGUCGACAUGCCUCUGUCAUCUGGAUCUACAAUCUAUACAAGUACUGGUGUGCAGCCUCCACGUGGUGUUUUGCUGCAUGACCCUCCGGGGUGUGGCAAGACUCUUCCAGCGAACGCAAUAGCUGUAAUGAGGAGCCUCGCAACUAAGUUUAUGUAUGCCAAUGAACACGUCGAUAUUGUGCGGGCGCUCAAGGUCCCAUUCACAGGCACAGAUCAGGCGCGCCGAGAUGCGCAGAGCACAUCGCGUGGAUCUGGCGGCUGUCUUUUCAGAUGGAUAGGAAUGAUGGAGAUUUUUGGGGAUCCACCGCGGGUGCUUUUUGUGUGUACUCAGGAUAAGGUCGGUCCAAAUGCGUCUGCUGUGCAGUGGAGGAAGCACAAGCGCUGCAGGCCAAGUUUACUGGCUCUCGCGUAA